AAAAUAUGUACACAUUUUUCAAAGCUUUUCCACAAUAGAAUAAUACACAUGAUAGUAAACCAUGCAAAAACUACUCAUGUACUUGUGUGGUUUUACAAUUAAUUCUAUCGAUUCAUCUGAAACGAAGAGUGUUGUAUGUCAGGUGUGGAUCAGUUUCUUGCAGAGCCAUUCGACACCUAUGAAAGGCAGUGAGUCAGGUGACCGAGCAGUUGGAUACAGUCACACGUUGAGAUCCCGUCCGCCUCCAGUGAGGAAGCACAGAAGUCGAGAUGACGUUCAUCGCCAAGACCUUCUACGACCUGAGAGCCACCACGCUGGAAGGGGACUCGGUUGAUUUCAAUGUGUAUCGGGGACGAGUGGUCCUGAUAGAGAAUGUGGCCUCGCUCUGAGGCACCACCACCCGGGACUUCAGCGAGCUCAACCAGCUUCAGAGCAAGUACCCACAUCGGUUGGUGGUCCUGGGUUUUCCCUGUAACCAGUUUGGAUACCAGGAGAACUGCAGAAAUGGAGAGAUCUUGAAUUCCCUGCAGCACGUGCGACCAGGCGGCGGCUUUCAGCCUAGCUUUACCAUCUUUGAGAAGUGUGAAGUCAACGGGACGAACACACAUCCGGUCUUUGCUUACCUUAAAGACAAGCUCCCCUAUCCCGAUGACGACCCCAUCUCCCUCAUGCAGGAUCCUAAAUUUCUGGUUUGGAGUCCCGUCAGCAGGACCGAUGUCUCGUGGAACUUUGAGAAAUUCCUCAUUGGACCAGAGGGAGAGCCCUUUAAAAGAUACAGCAAAAAGUUCCCCACUAUUGACAUAGAGCCUGAUAUUCAAAGACUUUUAAGAUUAACCAAGACCUAAGAAUAGCCUCCACCUCUUAAUGACUUCUCAUCCAUCACAGUCAAAGCUGAUAUGCUGUCCUCCACACUUUGAAGCCUUAUUAAAUGAGGGUGAUAUUCUGAAAGCUGAGGGAAUAUUAUCUGAGGUCAUAUAAGUGCUUAGGAGUAGUGGAGGAAUGAAUUAAAUAUAUGUGAAAAGAAUUUUAAAGUACAAAAAUGGGCAUGCUUUAUAAAAAUGAUCACUUGAAAAGCCAAGUAUAUUCUUCUGUGUCUUCUUGUCGUAUCUCAGUCUGGCCAGCAGAUGGUGCUACAGAUUUGAUCAUACAGAUAGAUAACUUCUGUCAUGCUUGCAGGAAUUAACAUUCUGCUCACAUACACUCCCAAAAUGUUUGCACUGGAAUAAA